CAUUUCCUUUCCCACUUCAUUUCCCGUCCUCGUGGAGCUUCUCAUCGGGAGGGGAUCUCGCGAAUGUUCGUCGCGUCGGAGCACCUCAAACCCUAGAUUUCGCCUCCGAUCUCCCGAAGCGAUCGCUAAUGGAGAUCUCCCGACCCGUCACCCCCGGCCAGGUCUCAGCUUUACUGGGAUUUAUCCCGGUUUUUGUGGCAUGGAUAUAUUCAGAGAUUUUGGAGCACAGGAAAACUGCAGCUACUCUGAAAGCUGGCAGAAAUUCGGACGUCAACUUAGCUGUCAUGGGCAAUGAGCAACAGACUGGAGAAGAUAAGGCUUUGUUAUUAGAGGAUGGUCUCCGAUCAGCACCGCCAAAAUCUCAUCCUGUUUCUACCACAUCUCAACUUUUUAGGUUUUGCAUGAUGGAUGAGGCAUUUUUGUUAGAGAACCGUUUGACUUUGAGGGCAAUAUCAGAAUUUGGAGCUUGUUUGCUAUAUUGUUACAUAUGCGAUCGUACAAGUCUACUUGGGGAGUCUACAAAGAAUUACAGUCGGGACCUGUUUCUUUUCCUCUACUUUCUUCUUAUCAUUGCUGCAGCAAUGACUUCUUUUAAGGUUCACGAAGACAAGUCAACAUUCUCAGGAAAGACCAUCAUGUACCUGAAUAGGCAUCAGACUGAAGAAUGGAAGGGUUGGAUGCAGGUGCUGUUUCUAAUGUACCACUACUUCAAUGCAAAAGAGAUAUACAAUGCUAUUCGUGUUUUUAUAGCUGCCUAUGUGUGGAUGACUGGUUUUGGUAAUUUCUCUUAUUACUAUGUUCGAAAGGAUUUUAGUAUUGCACGAUUUGCUCAGAUGAUGUGGCGCCUGAAUUUCUUCGUAGCUUUUUGCUGCAUUACCCUUAAUAAUGACUACAUGCUGUAUUACAUCUGCCCCAUGCACACUCUUUUCACCCUUAUGGUGUAUGGUGCACUGGGGAUUCUAAACAAAUACAAUGAAAUCGGGUCAGUAAUUGCAGCAAAAAUAGCUGCAUGCUUUUUGAUUGUUUUUCUCAUAUGGGAGGUCCCUAACGUCUUUGAUAUAGUCUGGAGCCCAUUAACAUUUCUUCUAGGUUAUACUGACCCUUCUAAACCAAACUACCCACUGUUGCGUGAGUGGCACUUCCGUUCAGGCCUAGAUCGCUACAUUUGGAUUGUGGGAAUGAUAUAUGCCUAUUAUCAUCCCACUAUUGAAAGGUGGAUGGAAAGACUUGAAGAGACGGAAACACGAAAGAGAAUAUCGAUCAAAACACUUGCCGUGGUGGUUUCUUUAGUGGCUGGAUAUCUGUGGUACGAGUACAUUUACAAGCUAGAUAAGAUUACCUACAAUAUGUACCAUCCUUAUACGUCAUGGAUCCCAAUAACUGUUUACAUCUGCUUGCGGAACUUCACACAACAGUUUCGGAGCUGCUCUAUUACCCUAUUUGCUUGGUUAGGGAAGAUCACAUUGGAGACAUACAUAGCUCAGAUUCACAUCUGGCUAAGAUCGAGAGUGCCUAACGGGCAGCCCAAGUGGUUGCUUUCAAUUAUCCCUAACUACCCAUUGCUAAACUUCAUGCUAACUACCGCCAUAUAUAUUACGGUUUCGCACCGGAUCUUUCAGUUAACUAACACAUUAAAGAUGGCAGUUCUACCUUCUCGAGACAACAAACGCCUUACGCAAAACAUCGUAGCAGGCAUUGUCGUUUCAGUGGCUUUAUAUUCCUUCUCGCUCGCAUUCCUCAAUGUUCCAAAACUGCUGGUUUAAGUCAUGAUUCACUCGAUCGGGGUCCAACGUGGGACAUUUUAUUCGCAUGAAAGGGAGCGGUAUGUCGCAGACUCGUGCAAUCAGAAUGUCAGAUUGAGUUGGUAAAGUGAUGAGUAAAAGCAUGGAGAAUUUCCAGAGUGUAGAUAAAUUGGAAUAUAGUAUCCUAAGUCAUUACAUUGUUUUGUGGAAAUAUGUAAAGAUUUGGGGUGUAAUUAAUUAGUCAUAUGGCAUCUCAA